GGAAACCUUGUGCCGCUAAGAGUUGAGGAAUGCAGAGAAAUGAGAAUUGGGCAUUGGCUCAGUCCUUCUGAGGCAGGUGGCGCUGCCAAACGCAGAACCUCCGGCAGAAAUUGCCACCGCAAACACGUGGAAGACGGGUAGUAGUACUCCAUCUCCCAUUCUCUCAUAUUCCCUUUACUAAUUAAAGAUCAUGAACAGCGAGAGACAGUCGACGACGACGACGUUGCUGCACGGCAAGUACGAGCUAGGUCGUGUGCUGGGGCACGGAAGCUUCGCCAAGGUCUACCACGCGCGGAACCUGAAGACGGGGCAGCACGUGGCUAUGAAGGUCGUUGGAAAAGAAAAGGUGAUCAAGGUCGGAAUGAUGGAGCAGGUCAAGAGGGAGAUCUCGGUCAUGAAGAUGGUCAAGCACCCCAACAUCGUCGAGCUCCACGAAGUCAUGGCCAGUAAGUCCAAGAUCUACAUCUCCAUCGAACUCGUCCGCGGCGGAGAGCUCUUCAACAAGGUCUCCAAGGGACGCUUGAAGGAGGACCUGGCCAGACUCUACUUCCAGCAGUUAAUCUCUGCCGUCGAUUUCUGCCACAGCCGCGGCGUCUACCACCGUGACCUCAAGCCGGAGAAUCUCCUCCUGGACGAACACGGCAACCUCAAGGUCUCCGACUUCGGACUCACCGCCUUCUCCGACCACCUUAAAGAGGACGGGCUGUUACACACCACGUGCGGCACGCCUGCGUACGUGUCACCGGAAGUUAUUGCAAAGAAAGGCUAUGACGGUGCCAAGGCUGAUAUAUGGUCAUGCGGAGUAAUCCUCUACGUUCUCCUAGCUGGGUUUUUACCCUUUCAGGAUGAUAAUUUGGUUGCCAUGUAUAAAAAAAUCCAUAGAGGGGACUUCAAGUGCCCACCGUGGUUCUCUCUCGAUGCGAGAAAGCUUGUUACGAAACUGCUUGAUCCGAAUCCGAAUACGAGGAUUUGUAUUUCUAAAGUGAUGGAGUCUUCUUGGUUUAAGAAACAGGUGCCGAGGAAGGUGGAGGAGGUGGUUGAGAAGGUCGAUUUGGAGGAGAAGAUUGAGAAUCAGGAGACGAUGAAUGCUUUCCACAUAAUCUCCUUGUCGGAGGGGUUCAAUUUGUCGCCGUUGUUCGAGGAGAAGAGGAAGGAGGAGAUGAGGUUCGCCACCGCGGGGACGCCGAGCAGCGUCAUUUCGCGCCUGGAGGAGGUGGCCAAGGCGGGGAAGUUUGACGUGAAGAGUAGCGAGACGAAAGUGAGGCUUCAGGGACAGGAGCGUGGGAGGAAGGGGAAGCUAGCGAUUGCGGCGGAUAUCUACGCCGUGACGCCGUCGUUUAUGGUGGUGGAGGUCAAGAAGGACAAUGGGGAUACGUUGGAGUAUAACCAGUUCUGCAGCAAACAACUUCGUCCUGCGCUUAAGGAUAUCUUCUGGAAUUCUGCACCUGCCAGUGCUUGAAUGGUAUAUUAUAUAUAUGAUGUCUGAUUAUUGUUUUACAACACCAUUUGUCGACCUUGUUAUUUUAUUUUGUUUUUGUUUAGGAACUUUGAGUUUUGUUGAUAAGAUCUGUUUGUGUUUUGUUGUUUAAAUUGUUAGUUUGGUACUUGGGGACUGGUUAGUGGGUACUUACUCUCUCUGUCGCCCAGAAUUGUUGUUAAGAGAUGCACACGUUGUGGAUGAUUCUGUCAUGUUUGUGUUUCAAUUAUGAGUGUGUAAUUUGGAGUACUUGUGGGGCUUACUGCGACUUUGUUCAAAGUUACUUUUUACCUUUUUCUUUUCUU